CGGGUGGGCUGGCGGAAGGGCGGGGGGCGGAGGGCCGGAGCCAACUGGCGGCGGCGGCGGCGGCUGGGAGACACGGCUGCGGGGAGGCGGAACGCACUGGUGGUGGCGUUGCAAUCUGAUUGGUCAGGGCGGAGGGCCCGUGGCCACUGGCGGCUGCGGUUGCGAGACACAACUGCGGGAAGCCAGAGCUGACUGGCGAGGGCGGCCUGAGGUAACAAUCUGAGAGGUUGAAGAUGGCUGAUGCUAGUUACCGUCAAAGACUGCGGGAUGCAGCUAAAUGUCGCCAUUGUGAGAAUACUGUCAUUUCUCAAACUGAAACCAUUUUUCGCAGACCCGUCAACAUCCAGAGGCACCUGAAUGACCUUUUCAGAAUAGAAUUUCCCUUGAGACCAACUCCAGAUCAAUUUAUGGAAUUCUAUAGAGUUACUCACGAACGCUAUGAAGCAAUCUCUUUUAUGUCAGUUCCUGGAGUUCUAUAUGAUGGCAGACCUGUUCAGAUCCCAGUCACGGCCCCUGGUUACAUCGAGGAACAGACUUACCACACCAUUGUCAUACGCCUUGACAAUGGAUAUGUUGUGGAGUUUCUUAUUCAAGAAUCAAAGAAUUAUGUUGUUGGGUUGAGAGUAUAUCGGGUUGAAAAUCAGAGAAAUGCUGCCCCUUGGUUUGUAUUCAAUACAGUGACAUUACCUCGAUACUUUGGAGAAUGCAUACCAAUCAACUAUCCCUUGAGCUACACUAAUGUUCACUUGGUCUUAUUCGGAGCUGGAGCUGUCUCGGAUGCAGUGGACUUCUUUUCCACGUAUCUGGAUAAUCCUCACCAGCAGUCUACAGAUCAGGGUAAACUGCACUGCCAGUUAUUCUUUCUGCUGUUUGGUGAAGGACCCCGGUUCCGUAUUGCGCAGCAGUGGGCUAGAGAUAAUGCACUUAAUGCCAAUCGGCAGCAUCCUGAAGCUGUUCUUCUCGAACUAAUGCAUGAUUAUUCCAAGCUCUGCGAUUGUUCGUUUCAUAUAUAUCAAUAUUAUGUUGAGAUCCCUUUUCUCGAUGCCCUUUUGGACGACCUGAAGGAGCUCAGUCCUUUUGCUCGUACCCUGUCUGAUGCUAAGAAAAUGUUGGAGCCAUAUGAGGCCAAAUAUGGGAGUGCUGGCUUGGUCUUCCGAAGAGGUGAUGGCAAGGUUAUAUUGGAAUCUUUGGUGGGUGGUGAACUGUUGCUCCUCAAUUACAAUUACAAGUUCUGUACAAGGAUUCAGAUGAGACGAGCAGGUUAUGAUGGUCAAUGGUUUGAAAGGCUUAGCAAGUAGAGCAGUGGCUAAAACUGAUGUAAACGACUCAAUUUUGGUACUAGCGCAGUGUACUGAUUCCAGAUGACUUUGGUAUCACUGUUUAUGGUUCAAACUUUGUACUGAACUAUUUCUUCUAGGACAAGCUCUGAAGGAAAGCCUAUAUGAACCCCUGAGCUUCAGGUUUCUCCAACUGUUAUUGUUUGACAUUUUGUGUGUGUAAGCUCUGAAGGAAGCCUAUACUGAACUAUUUCUUCUAGUUCUUUUGCUUUUCAA